AUGGCUUUUUUGAGUGAAAUCAACACAACCACCGCAGAACCAUGCGAACUGUCUCUCUUCAGCGAUCCUCCCAAUCAAGUGGCUCUUCAAAAAAUUUAUUUUUCGGAAACUCGCCCCGUUUCGUCAUUCGACGCAGCAGACGCACCCCUUGAAUUUGCCAUUCCAGGAAGUGGAAAUGAGUACUUGGAUUUGAGAAGAAGUCGUCUCUAUUUGAAAGCCAAAAUUACAAAAUCGGACGGAACGGCUCUGGCUAAUUUAGAAAAGACGGGGGUCGUCAACCUACCCCUACAGUCCUUGUUUUCUCAGAUCGACGUAUACAUGAACGGAAAAUGUGUCACUCAAAACGCCAACAAUUACCCGUGGAAGGCUUAUUUAAAAGUCCUCUUGUCCAAUGGCCCGGCGGCCAGCUCCUCUCAUCUGCAGACGCAGUUGUAUUAUCCCGACCAGGACAGUUUAGACGACGCUAACGCUGCCGGGGGAAAAAAUACCGGUCUUCGUUCCCGGUAUGUUUUUACACAACAGUCCCGCACUUUUGAUUUAGAAGGACCUCUUUAUUUGGACUGUUUUUACUUGGACAAGUAUCUGAUCAACGGAGUGGACUUACAGUUGAGACUGUUUCGUUCUCGGAACGAAUUUGUCUUGAUGAGUGCCGAGACCAGUCCCAGUUACAAGGUCACUAUUUUAGACGCCGUAUUCAAAGCCUGUAAAAUCAAAGUAGACAGUGCCAUUUUACUAAACCAUGCCGAAACUAUCACUAAAACGCCGGCGCGUUACAAUUACGUGAAAUCAGAUGUCAAAAUGACAACCAUUCCAGACCAGACAAGCGAAUUCUACUGGGACGAUGUUUGGAAUGGAAAACGCCCGUCCAAGAUGUACAUUGCCUUCGUAAAACAGGCAGGUGUCAACGGCAGUUACACGAGCAACCCCUUUAACUUUCAACACUUUAAACUCUCCGAAAUCGUAGUAACUGUCAAUGGCGAGCCCAUUCCUGUGCGACCUUUGAAACUAGACUAUGGAGACAACAAAAACUAUGUGAGCGCCCUCUGUAACCUGUAUCAGGCCAGCGAGAAAUGGUAUAAAGAUGAGGGAAUAAUCAUUGACCGAGAUUCGUUUUCUAAAGGCUAUGCCAUCUAUGCUUUUGACCUCGUCCCCAACGAUCUGGGAGAAGGUGUCAAUCAGUGUGAAUUUUUCGAUAGUUUUGGACGAACACCAGAGGACUACGAUGAGCGUCUCAGAGACUUUGUUGAUCGCAAUUCGCCACUGUGUCUGUACAAUAACAUCCAAGUGCAGCCGGAUUUUUCUUCCACUUGUGGACUUCACGUGUUGUAUUAUUUGAAUGCGCGUGCAAGAGGAAUCUCAAUGUCAGACAUUGUCAACAAGACCUCCGAAAUGCGGGUACGGGACAUUCUCCCAAACAGAGACUAA